CAUCACCAUCAACGCCUUGCGCAUCCCCACGAAUACCCUCAUAGCACAUCCAAUCUCGCAAAAAUGGCCGACAAGCUCCGCACCCAGCAAGAACUCGAGCGCCUCCAGGCAAAGUACAUCGGCACCGGCCACCCGGACACGACGAGCUGGGAGUGGCGGACCAACAUCCAGCGCGACACGUACUCUUCCAUCGCCGGCCACCGACCGCUCCUCUCGUACAUUGCGCUCGCCGAGAACGAACCCCUCGCCAAGGUCCGCGCCCAGAUGAUCCGAAAAAUGGUGCAGCCUUGCGGACCACCACCACAGCGCGAAGAUUAA